CAGAGAGCCCAUCUGGCAAGGCAGCACAGAGUGGGGAGGGGGUGGGCAGGGGGGGCAGGCCACUGGCACGAGAGGACUUUAAGGCAACAGCAGCCGAGGACAGCAGGCAAAAUGGAAAAGGAUGAGCUGCUGGAAAAUGUGAUGUGAACUUCUCCAUUUUCUAAAUCAAAGCGUCUGUGAAAGCUAGCAAGUUCAUUCAGGGGAGACGGGCUGUGCGUAGCGGGCUCUGUUGGCCUCAGCUGGCCCUCCACCUUACGGGGAAUAUAAGCAGACAGACACGCGUACACAGACGGACAGCCAGGUACAACGACGGCUGAACAAGCGGAGACGGGCACAGGGUGCAAACAUCCAGCAGAGUGGCAGCGAAGAAGGAUAAAAAACAACUGGCAGGAGAAGACUGAAGUUCUCAAGAAUGUAGCUGUCAGGAUGGCCGUUUUACUUCUUAAAAGGAGAGGAUUUCUUACCACUUAAGGUCCAGUCGGAGUCUACCUGGCAUGCCCAGAAAUCAUCUUUAUUUCACCCUGCUGCCAGUUCCAUUAAACGAAAGGAUGCUUGUGCUACGUGCUGCCACAUUGGCGAGAGGGUGCCCACCUGGCCGGGCCUAAAUCCCUUGGCUUUCAUCAAGAAAGGAAAGAAGCUUUAACUUAAAACAUGUGGGAGAGCAGCUAAAGGCAGGCACAAAAUUACAUUUUCAUAAAUCCAAAAUCAUCAGCCCAUUCUGGAAGGCAAACCGACACACAGACAGAAGGGGCUGGCAAACCCCCCCCGCGUCAGACAGAGACCCGCAUACACGUGGGACCCCUACUGAGAAACACAAAGGCACAGUGUGGUCCAAACAAAAUGAUGGAAAAACUGGAGCCCCUGAGCUCGCCCCCUGCUCCUGCUCCGGCUCCCAGUGAGCGGCAGAGUCCUGUUCAGACUGCAUCUCCGCCAAUUAGCAGUUUGCCAGUUAAUAAACCGGAGCAAGGAGACCACACGCCUCAAGCCGAGCCUUUCGAGCCCCCAGGAGAUGACGGCGGCACUGCAGACUGCAAAGAGGCCUCUGAGCCGGUUUCCACGGAAAUGGCGAGCCAGCAUUGCGCCACCCCUCCCUCGACUAUCAAGCUGGGGUACGGCGUGCCAGUCAUCAGCUUGAGGCACAGCAAGCCGCCCCCUGCCCUCCUUCCCGAAGGCUUACCAGGCACCACUCUGCUUCAGCGGGGGGUGCCGACAACCGAACUGACGGCCCUCCACCCCAUCCCGUCACUUGUGCAGUGCCCAGCGGAGACCAGAAUCCCACAACUGGCGGGCCUGUCUGCUGCCAAUGUGGGGCUGCCAAUGGCCCCCCUCUCUGCUAUCCCGAGUCCCCUGCUGCCCCCACAGUACAUGGGAGGACAUCCGUUUUUCAACAGCUCUUACCACGGACCAUCAGGAAACUAUGGCGUCUUCAGCAACAGUCGUAUUAAACGGAGGCCUACUGUCCACUACGAGGUCGACAUCACCGAAGGUCCCCCUCAGAAGCUGGCCCGGCGGGUCUUCACCAACAGCAGGGAGCGCUGGCGGCAGCAGAACGUCAACGGGGCCUUCUCGGAGCUGCGGAAACUCAUCCCAACUCACCCGCCCGACAAGAAGCUGAGCAAAAAUGAGAUCCUGAGACUCGCCAUGAAGUACAUCAACUUUUUGGUCAAACUUUUAAAUGACCAGGCUUUGGACCGUAGUAGCGGCGGGUGCAAUGGGGAUGAUGUCGACCCCACAGGGGAAAACGAAUCAAGAAAGCAAACCUGUCAGUCCAAGGAGCUGAAGGACGAGCGAGAGCACAUCUCCGUCACGCCCGUCCUGGUGCCAUCUUCCAAAGCGGGCCUCAUAGGGGGUCUCAGGUGCAGAGACUCCACAGAUUCUCUUGUUGCCAUGGGGACCUCCCCCAUCUCCAGCAGCUAUGGAGACACCGGAAGCCCUGAAAGCGAUGAAGGGGAAGAGCAGAGGCACCUGUUCAAAAGCGGCCUGCAGGUCAGUGAGCAAAAACUUCUAACGACGGCACUGAGUGACCACCGAUGACGGACAACAAAACGACCAGUAGAAGUAACGUUAGAGCCAAACUGGCAUCGGGCCCGUCGCACCUCUGCCUGGGAAGACAUUGUGGCUCUUCAGCCGGGUGGGCUGCCCGCUCCAGGGGUUUCAGUUUUCCAUCAGGGCCUGCAUUGUCACUGACGUCCACUAGAAGAUGGGGUGGGGGCUGGCAGGUGCCAUGUGCAGCACCACAGCAGCUCGGCCCCGUGGCUGGAGGAGUUCUGUUGUUUGUUUGUUUUUUGUUUUGUUUGAAUCCAAAAUUUCCAAGAAGAAAAUGUUUAUUAAAGGAGU